CCACACCCCGCUGACUCAGCCCAUGAAGUGACUCUGAGAGGCUGCCCUUUGAAACCCCGAUGAUGGAGAAGACAGAUGCCAGAGACCAACCAUCAUCCCAAGAGGAUGGAGAAAAAGAGCCUCCCAAAAGUCACCCAUACUCGGUGGAGACACCAUAUGGUUUCCACUUAGAUCUUGACUUCCUGAAAUAUGUGGAUGACAUUGAGAAAGGAAACACCAUGAAGAGGAUUCCUAUUCGAAGGAAGGCCAAGCAGCCCAAAUUCAGUACCCUGCCUAGAAACUUCAGUCUCCCUGACAGUGGUGCCAGGCCCCAUGCAACUCCACCCCACCAGACCUGGACCUCUUCAUUUUCGGGCCUGUCCACAAAGGGGUCAGAGGAACCCCCUAGUGAUUCUGCUCAGCCCUUGGCUGGUGCGGGGGAGAUCAGCUACAGGAGGAGAGUGCUACUGGCUGAGACCAUUCGCCAAGUGGAGACCACACCACCUGUGGAGGCUGAGCUCGAUGGCGGGAGAGGGCGGCCCCAGCUGCUGAGGGCUUCCAGCAUGCCGGUGACCCUGCUGCAGCACAAAGUGUCUGAUGAGCUGAGCCUUGGCUCCAGCCUCCCUGAGCCCCCGCCACUCCUGCAGCCCCCAGAUGAAGGUGGUUUCCCAGACGGUGCCUUUGGCCCUGUGGAGGGAUUUUCAGAUCCCCACAGCUCCAGCCCACAAGCAUCCACUCAGCCCCAAAUGAAGGAGUUGGCAGGUCUGGUGCCUGUAAUUCCCGACCUUGUUCAGGAUGGACUGGAGCAUCGGGACCAAGAUGAAGAGCAGCUGAAGCAUAGCUGUCUCCUGAGCCAGCCUACCUUUCCCCAAGACCUUCCUGUGGUUUUGGAGAGCACAGAGGAAGAGCUGAAGGUACCAGAAACAGAGUCGGUGGCCACGCCUGGGACCCCCACCCCAAGCCCUCCGCCUCUUCCAUCACCCAUCCCUGAAAAUGAAUUUCCCCCUGAAAUAGAACUGAACAUCAGUGAACUCCCCCCUCCGCCUCCUGUGGAGAUGGAUGUCAGAAGUAUUGGGAUUAGGGUGACCGAGGAGAGCUUAGGUCUUGAGCCUUGGCAUAUAGACACCACAGGAACCGAUAGUGUGUCUGCCUUCAAGCAGCAGAUUGUCAUCCUGGAAGAAAAAUUGUCAAAGAGAACUGAGGAGCUAGAGAGAGUCAGGGUGGCCCUUCUGCAGCAAGGAGAUGAGAUGAGGAACAAAGAACUAAGCAUUCAGGAAUUGAUGGGCACCAUAGCUCAGCUGGAAAAUCGGCUCAGCCAUAGAAAUGCCAAAGACACCCAUAACGAUGCCGCCGUGAACACUGACCCAGUCAGUGAUGUAUGUGACAAGAGCGUCCUGGUCAAUCUGCCUGUCAUUGUGGAAGCCAGCCCACCAGUCACCCCUAGGCAAAGGUCACCGCUCCAACUCCUUCCCCAGGAGCCAGACUCGUCCCCCUCCAAACCCAACCACAGCUAUCUCUCUACUGAGCUCAAGAUCGAAGAGCAGGAUCCUGAUCAGCAGGGCGCCCAGGCUCCUGCCGGGGGAGGGGCGGGGGGCUCCCCAGCAAGCCUGGGCACCAACGGCUCCUCCCCAGGGAUGGAGCAGCACAGCCCCCCUCCGGACAUCACCAUUGGCCAGUACGUGAAGAAGAUUCAAGAGCUCCUUCACGAGCAGUGGACCUGCUUGGAGCACGGCUACCCCGAGCUGGCCAACGCCAUCAAGCAGCCCGCGUCCAAACUGAGCUCCAUUCAGAGCCAGCUCGUCAAUUCCCUCAACUUGCUGCUGUCUGCGUAUUCCGCACAGUCGCCGCCAGAGCAGGAGGGCGUCGCCAGCAGACCCCCGCCCCCGGAGAUCUCCCCGUCGACAAGCCUUAAAUCCAUAAUGAAAAAGCGAGACUAUGGCUUCCGUGCUGGAGGUAAUGGGACCAAAAAGAAUCUUCAGUUUGUUGGGGUUAACGGUGGCUAUGAAACAACCUCCAGUGAAGAGACCAGCGGCGAAGACAGUGCGUCGGAGGGCUGUUCUGACAGUGAGGCAGACAAGAAAGGGGAUGGCUCCGAACACAAGCUGGCCAAAGCUGCGGAGCAAAGCCGGCAGAUGGUCCCGGGCACAGAGGAGGGCACUGGGAGCGUGGGCCCAGAGAGCAGCACCAGUGGGGGAGAAGUUGCUGCAGCUGGUACUCAUCACAAGUCUGAGAGAUAUAAGCCCUCAGAAGAAUUUCUGUCUGGAUGCCACCUGUUGAGCAAACACCUGCCUGAAGUUUGGACCACAACUGACCAGCUAUUGAAGCAGAGCUUGAAUACCGUCAGUCAAGAAUGGUUCCGAGUCUCGAGCCGGAAGUCCUCCAGCCCCUCGAUUGUGGCAGCCUAUCUCAGUGAGUUCCAGCCUAGUGAUCCUGGCUUCCUGAAGCUGCUCGUCAACUUGGCUGACGACAACGGGAACACAGCUCUCCACUACAGUGUUUCCCACUCCAACUUCCCCAUCGUGAAGCUGCUGCUCGACACAGGUGUAUGUGACGUGGACCACCAGAACAAGGCUGGGUACACGGCCGUGAUGAUCACCCCGCUAGCCUCGGCAGAGACGGACGAAGACAUGGAUGUGGUCGGGAAACUGUUGAAACAAGGAAAUGUGAAUAUACAGGCGGCUCAGGGAGGUCAGACUGCGCUGAUGCUGGGGGUGAGCCACGAUAGGGGGGACAUGGUAAAGGCCCUGCUGACCUGUCGUGCCAACGUCAACCUCCAGGACAACGAUGGGACAACAGCCCUCAUGGUAGCUGCUCGCCAUGGCAACACGGACAUGGUGAAACUCCUCCUCGCUCAUCCAGGCUGCGAUGCCACAUUGACUGACAAGGCUGGCCACACGGCCUUGUCCAUGGCCCUGACGUCACCCGCCCACGGGGAAAUUGCUGAACUCUUGUGGGCCCACGCAGAGCAGGGCAGGUCCUCUGCACCAUAGAAGAGCCCAAGAGAAGCUGGCACCCCCAGACAAAAGGAUCAUUGUCGGACUCCUCCAUCCCAGCCGCUGUGGGGGACGACUCCUUCCCCAGCUUCUCGAGGGGAAGAUAUGUCAGCUCCGCCUCCCCGUUCCUGAUGUAUCAUUCUGCUUAUAGGGCGCUUCGUAGUCUUCACAAAGUCUGGCCUCAUCGAGAGCAGGGCCUGCCAGACACUGAGAGGGCAUCCUCCCUUCCCUUUGUUUGUUUUUUUUUAACGUCACUAUUUACUCUGUAUCCCUCAUUAGCACACAGGAUCCCCCAAGCAAGC